AUGAAAAUUGCAUUCACAAUCUUGGUUGUCUUAGCCAUAAGCAAUGCUACAAUGAUGUCAAAGCAUCCACUCCAAUAUGGUGGUAAGAGAAGCAUCAUGAACAUCAUGGUUGAAGUUGAAAACAAGAUCAAGGCUCACUCACCAUUAGAUUCAAUCAAGGGAGUUCUUAACUCAUUCAAAUCAGCAGUUGCAGAAGAACAAAGUGGACAUGAUGAUGUCUACAAUGCAUAAAAAACUGAAUGCGACAGUGAAAUUGCCUACAGAAGAGCUGAAGUUGAAGACGCCAAUGGCACACUCAAAAUUGCCAACGGAAUUUUAAAGACUGCAACCAUCUUAUUGAAAAAAACUCAAGCAACCCUUGGAGAAACUGAAAACAUUUUGAACACAGUCUCCCUACACAUCACUUUGAUUAAUGAUGCCAGAAAGGAAGACACCCAAUCAUAUAACAGAGGAGCUGUUACCUUCAACGAUGCCAUUAAUGCUAUUGAUGAUUCCAUUGAUCUUGCAACUGCUCUUGCUAAAGGACAAGCAUCUUUAGUCCAAGUCGCUGAAAUGACAACUAAAUUAAUGAAAUCAGCUAUUGCUACCAAAAUGAACAAGGCAUUCAUGUAAGCUAUUGGUGCCUUGGCUUAAAUUACCUAAGAAGAAGAUUCAACUGGUGCAGCUGAAAGACUCGUUUAAUUGUUGUAAACCUUGAGAAGCAACGUUGAAGAAGCAUGGGCCUCAUACACUGCCGAAAACACUACUGCUUUGGGUCUUUUCGCUUAACAAAAAGAUCUUUAUCUUGCUUCAUAAACAAGACUUGAUGACGCCAAGACUCAUUUAAGCAGCAAGGCUGAAAACUUACAAGGAACUAUUUCCACUUAAACUGCAGUUGCUUAAGCCGCUACCAAUAAAAGAUCCAGAAACUAAACUUUAUGGGAUGAUGCUGCAGAUUUGUGCCACAGCUUCGAUGUUGAAUAUGAAGCCGUCACUGCAGGAAGAAGAUAAGAAUUAGUCUUAGUCAAUGAAUUAGAAAGAUUGGCUGAAAGAAGAGCUGCAGAAUAAUAAUGAUGUAAAAUACAUAAAUAUUUUUGUCAC